UUUAAACUGGAUUUGGGCAAAUUGCUUAUCCGUGGGAAAUGGCUACCUUUAUCAAGUGUGGGGUAACACCGUUUAGCAAACUUCUCAUCGCAAAACGUGUCAUAUCGCAAUUAAAAUCGACUGUCAGGAUGUCUUCUUAUCUUAUCGAUAAUCCUAAAUAUGCCUGGUUGAAGGAACUUGGUCUGGAAUCACAGAACAAAGGAGUAUAUUGCGGCGAAUGGAUUGCUAACGGAGAGGAAGUUACCUCGUAUUCACCAACAACAAAUGAGCCUAUUGCUAGAGUUACUCAGGGUAAUUCUAAAGAUUAUGAGAGAGCAGUGAAGGCAGCAAAGGAUGCCUGGCAAACAUGGGCAGAGGUGAGACCAGUGACUUAUACUAGUGAGUAUCGGGUGAGGUACAGGCAGUACAUAGAAUAUAUUGAUUAUGCUGUGGGUCUAUCUAGAAUGUUUGCUGGACAUGUAUUCCCAUCUGAGAGAAAAGGUCAUGCUUUACUAGAACAAUGGAAUCCUCUAGGAGUCGUUGGAGUUAUAACAGCUUUUAACUUCCCUGUGGCGGUGUAUGGCUGGAAUAAUGCAAUAGCUCUAGUCUGUGGAAAUACUGUACUUUGUUGCGACUUUGCGCUGACAAUAUGGCUGAAUUUUACUCUAAGUUUAUUACGAUAUAUUUAUAGAGUAGUGACGUCUGUGUUAGAGAAGAAUGGUAUGCCAGGAUCUGUGUGUUCUAUGGUGUGUGGUGGUGCUGAUAUUGGGAGUCUGAUAGCCAAAGAUGAAAGAAUACCAUUAGUGUCUUUUACUGGAAGCACAAAGGUAGGACAUAAAGUAUCCAUGAUGGUACAGGAGAGGUUCGGCAAGUUCUUACUGGAGCUCGGUGGAAAUAAUGCUAUUAUAGUAAAUGAUGAUGCUGAUAUAGACAUGGUGGUACGAGCCUCAGUGUUUGCAUGUGCCGGUACUGCUGGUCAGAGAUGUACCACAACUAGAAGACUGAUUUUACACGAGUCAGUUCAUGAUGAAGUGGUAACCAGACUGGUGAAGGCAUACAAACAGCUUAGAAUAGGAGAUCCUAUUGAAUCUGACACAUUAUAUGGACCACUACACAGUAAAGAUGCAGUAACAAUGUUUAAGAAUGCAGUGGCAGAAGCUGUGAAGGCUGGCGGUAAAGUGGAAUGUGGAGGGGAGGCUAUAGAUAGACCUGGUAACUUUGUACAGCCUACUAUCAUAUCAGGACUCGCUCAUGAUGAUAAGAUUGUACAUACUGAAACAUUUGCACCUAUUGUUUACACUCUUAAAUUUAAGAACCUAGAUGAUGCUAUCAGCAUGAACAAUGAAGUAAAACAAGGUCUAUCUAGUAGUUUGUUCACCAAAGAUCUGGGAAAUAUAUUCAAAUGGAUGGGACCAAAAGGUUCAGAUUGUGGAAUUGUUAACGUUAAUAUACCAACUAGUGGUGCUGAGAUUGGUGGUGCCUUUGGUGGAGAAAAGCAUACAGGUGGUGGGCGUGAAUCCGGCAGUGAUGCAUGGAAACAAUAUAUGAGGAGAUCAACUUGCACAAUAAACUACAGUAAAGAGCUUCCACUGGCACAAGGAAUCAAGUUUGAGUAAUAAAUCUCAUCAACAGUGGUGUGUUGUGAACUGAUCUGACUCAGUUUUCUCAUUAUAAUGUGAUAUAAAAUAAGUGACUUGUUCAACAUAGAAUACCACAUUUCAUACCUAACACAUUAUUUUCAUUAUGCAGCUUGUAAAACAGUAUGUUACAUGUUCUUCUUGUUGUGGCCAUAUGUCUGUAACAAAAUGAUAAACAUACUUGGAAUAGAUGAUGGCAUAAUUUUAGGAAAAGGAAAAAUGUUUUGGUAUGAAAUGUGCAGUUCUAUGUUUUAAGUAAACCGGGGUAUAUCCAGUAUUUGUUUAGUAACAUAUUGAUAUGAUAUUAAAUUGAUAAAAAGUUUAUGAUUAUGUAUAAAUACUGUAUGGUACACAAUGAUAGAAUGUAUGUUGUGUAAAUGUAUACCUGAGUAUGGUAGGUGUAUACACGAGUUAUGUAUGCAUUUAUAGAUUAAUAUAACAACAUUUAAAAAAGUAUUUUCAGUCAAAAUCAAAAGAAAAUUUUGAAAAUGGUUAUAUUCAUAUCAUAAAUGAUUAUAAGGGGUAAUGUUAAUGUGUACAUGUUUAUGGAUUGCAUUUUUGAAGUUGUCAUGGUAAUACAUAUUGAGUUUAUUUCAACACAAUUUAGCAAAUAUACUUGUAAAGAUUUCUUUGAUGAAGUAAGUCUUGUAAUAUUUAUCUUAAUGGUGUUUUAAGGGCUUUAAAUGAAAUGAAAAACUAGGUUACAAAUCUUGCAUUUCUUGACAUUACAUCUAGGAAAGUUUAAAUGUGACUUACUUAGUUUGUGAAUUAUUUUAAGAUGAAAGAAAGCUAAAAAUGUUUUGUUCCUUGAUUAUUACUGAAUCUCAGCGUAUUGGUUUGUGAUUGUUUUUGAGAUGUCUAUGUGAAAUUGAGAAAAGAAAAAAAAAUUGUGACUAGUGGAUACAGGAUACAAUAAGUCUGAUCAGAAAAUAUGAACAUAGGAAUAUGUUGGUAGUACUUCGACUUUCAAUACAAACAGUGUUUAUAUUGAAAGUAUUUUUUUAAAGCAGUGAAACAGAUGGACCAUUGUCUUUACAUUUAAGAAUUUCCUGGGCAUUAAGAUAAUGUGUAUGAUUUAUGAAAGGAGUUUUGAAUGGAAGUACUGGUAUAUUUUAAGUUACUUGUUAUGUUAGAUCAAGCAUGCAGGUGUGAUUGUACCAAAAAUCUACAAUUUAUGAUGAUUAGUUUUCAUAUCUUGAUAAAUUUCUUGUGUGUUACAUGUUUGUAAUCAGCUUUUGUAAAUUUUUCAACAUUUUGCUUCAGAACUGUUUUGCUUGGUAACUAGUCUAAAAUUAUGUCUAAAAAAAAAAGGAAUUCUUAAUUCGAAAUCUUGUUAAUGGUGUCAUACAAGAAAACUGUAGUGUAUUACAAGAAAACUGUAUUACAAAAAGUGAUUAUACCUCACUUGUGCAGAAUUUAAUCUGACAAAGACUUUGGGAUAUUUUUCAUGUGUAUGCAGUUUUACCCCUGUGCCAGAGAUAAUCACAGAGGGACACUUCAAGUCUUCCUUAAUUAAUUUGAUAGUUGCUUUAUACAUGUUUAUAAUUUAUUUUAUGACAAAAAAGUAUGCUGGCUAUAUUUGGUGCUGUGUUGGAUUUUUGCAUAAUAAUGCUGUUUUUGUAACAACUUUGAAGAUUUUUUGUAAAUGCCAUUUGUUAAUCUGGUCUACUUUUUAUUUUUCAGAAUUCUUGUCAUAAAAUUUAAAAAGAAACAAAAAAAAUGAAUAAUUAGGACUGAACAAUAUGUUUUCAAUAUGUGUUAGUUAAAUGAAAUCAUUUCUAUUUGUAUUGAAUUUAGCUUUUGCUUGAAGACAAUCAUAACAAAUAUCUGACACAAAUAUCUAUUACACCAAAUGUUAUCUAUAUAAUUGAAUCACUGGUACAUUAAAUGCAUACUUGUAGUUGUGAUCACUUUUUGGUCAUAUUUUUUUUGUAAUAGUUUUGUGAAUUUUGAACAAGUGCCUGUGUUAUUAUGGGUUUAUUUGUUUGGUUUAUAUGAAGGAUUUAUGUUGAUUGCUGUGCUAUCAGAAAUUUUGUGCUGUUUUUGAUAAUGAUUAAAUAUUUAUGUAUCAAAUAACAA